CCCGCGCUCUCUCCUCCCCCAUCUCCCCCCCUCCUUCCCCUCCUGGCUGGUGCAGUCUGUUGACCUUCAUUCGCUCCGAUCCCAUUGCUCCUACCGCUCGGCCACUGCUCUCCUCCGCUCUCCUCCGCUCAUCGGCGCAGCGUACCUGCGGGUCGACGAGCGUUGCCGGCGGUGACCCCGCACAGGGAUGACGACAGCGAUGGACUCCGCCCACGCGACCUCGCAGUUCCAGGCCCAGGUUCAGCUGGAGAUCGAGAAGUCCAUGGACCAUGAGCUCAAGAAGCUGCUGCACACGUGCAGCAAGGACCAGCUGGAGGCUGUUCAGAGGGACUUCAAUGGGUUCCAGAAGCUGUUCCACCGCUUCCUUGGAGAGAAGGGGCCGUCGCUCAACUGGGAGAAGAUCCAGCGUCCACCCGAGGGCUCGAUCGAGCCGUACGAGAGUAUCCGCAGCCGGCAGCUGCCCUCGGACCUGGCGUCGCUGCUCAACAAGUUGGUGGUGGUGAAGCUCAACGGCGGCCUGGGCACCAGCAUGGGCUGCAAGGGCCCCAAGAGUCUGAUCGGCGUGCGCAGCGACAACAACUUUCUGGACCUCACCGUGCAGCAGAUCGAGCACCUCAACAAGACGCACAAGAGCGAGGUUCCGCUGGUGCUGAUGAACUCCUUCAACACGGACGAGGACACGCAGAAGAUCCUGCAGAAGUACGGCCACUUCCAGGUCAAGAUCUACACCUUCAACCAGAGCAGGUACCCGCGCAUCAACAAGGAGACGCUGCUGCCCGUGGCGGAGAGCGUGUCGAGCGCGGGCGGCGCCAACGAGGCGUGGUACCCGCCGGGCCACGGCGACAUCUACGACAGCUUCCGCAACUCGGGCCUGCUGGACAAGCUGCUGGCGCAGGGCAAGGAGUUCCUGUUUGUCUCCAACAUCGACAACCUGGGCGCCACCGUCGACCUGCACAUCCUCAACCACCUGGUGAACCCGCCCAACGGCAAGCGCUGCGAGUUCGUCAUGGAGGUCACCGACAAGACACGCGCCGACGUCAAGGGUGGCACGCUGAUGCAGUACGACGGGAAGCUGCGCCUGCUGGAGAUCGCGCAGGUGCCCAAGGACCGCGUGGACGAGUUCAAGUCGGUGACCAAGUUCAAGAUCUUCAACACCAACAACCUGUGGAUCUCGCUCGGAGCCAUCAAGAGGAACACGGACCUGGACAUGGAGGUCAUCGUGAACCCCAAGACCCUGGACGGGGGCCUGAACGUGAUCCAGCUGGAGACGGCCGUGGGCGCCGCGCUCAAGAACUUCGACAACGCGCUGGGCAUCAACGUGCCCCGCUCGCGCUUCCUGCCCGUCAAGACGACCUCCGACCUGCUGCUCGUCAUGUCCAACCUGUACAGCCUGAGCGCCGGCUCGCUCACCAUGAGCGACGCGCGCGAGUUCAAGACGGUGCCGCUCGUCAAGCUCGGCAGCUCCUUCACCAAGGUGCAAGACUACCUGCGCCGCUUUGCCAGCAUCCCCGACAUGCUGGAGCUGGACCACCUCACCGUGUCCGGGGACGUCACCUUCGGCAAGGGCGUCGUGCUCAAGGGCACGGUGAUCAUCAUCGCAAACCACGGCGACCGCAUCGACAUCCCCACGGGGGCCCUCCUCGAGAACAAGAUCGUGUCGGGCAAUCUCCGCAUCCUGGACCACUGAGGAGUCCCCGCGGCAACGGCGUCGCGGCGGCGUUGUCGCCGCGGCAGCAGGGUCGCCGCGGCAACGCGAUCGCCGCGGCAACGGAGUCUCCGCGACGAGGACGACGCCGAUGGCGACGGUCGCGCGUCGCCCACUCCGCUCCACGUCUCGCGCUCGGCUCGUCGUCGCCUCCCUCCGCCUCGCUCGCGCGCGUCACCGCUCGCCCCGUGCGUCGCCGUGUGCCGGUGACGCGUCGCCGUGUGCCGGUGACGCGUCGCCGUGUGGGUCCCUCGCGUCCGCGGCGCCGUCGGUUUUAGGCCUCGGUCGGCGGUCAGUGGCGAGCGACGUCCGAACCGUCACCCCCCGCCCCUCCCCCUCCCCAAGUGUCCGUUCCGUUCGCCGGCGCGGUGAAGUAUGGUCAGACGACCCACGUGACUUGACACGCCGCAGUGAUGCCUUCAUCCAGCAGGCGGAUGGAUGGAGCGGCUGUAACAAAUAUUUAUGUAGUUCUCGACUUGCGGUUUGCGGUGACAACGGCUUUUAACAUUACUCUCUUUGCCAUAUUAGCUGUGAUUUGAAACGGAACCCCCGUGUCAUCCGAUCAUAGAACCCACCCCGGGUGUCAUCCGAUCAUAGAACCCACCCCGGGUUUUGUCCGAUUGCAAGCACGCCCAGCGUCGAUUAGAUGCACACCACCAUCCCGAUCUCGCCCACGCACGGAAUCCUCGAUUUGCCUCCGAUACAAAUCCCGUCGGUGCCUCGGAGAAAUGUGCAUUAACCAGCGUAGAGGAGCGAUCGCCCACGCGCACCGCCGCCGUCGGAGAUUCGGUGUCGCCGGGUUGUAGCUGCUGCACAAUCAGUCGCGUGCAGCCCUCGGCAAUUACUUGAAUUAAGGGGUUGCUUACGUGCGUGCGUGCGUGUGUGUGUGUGGUGGUGGUGGGGAGCGGUAGCGCAGCGGAUAGCACGCUGCGCUACGAAGACCUGCAACUCCCCAGUUGGAUUCCCGCUCACGGCAAACACCGGUGACUGUUGUCUGAACCGGCCCUUGGGUCCUCCUCUCGGUCGAAUCGGCCUCCGAUGAGUUCCUGGUGCGGCCUGUGAAACCGGGGAGACAAAGGCGGCCGGCCGUGGUGUUGGCCACCCACGCACCCCCUCGUGUUCCGUGCCGCCCACAGCCUGUUAAGGCUACACAGGAGAUCUUGUCUUGUGCGUGUGCGUCUGGUCCCCCCACCCCACCUUCUUAGUCGCUGCUCGCUAACAGCACUUUUGCCCCAACAGUCUCAAGGCAACGUGGGGUGGGGGGUGGGGGUGGGGUGAGGGGGGGAUGGAGGCGUUUGUCUCUGUCCACCCCGUGUCACUGCCCCCCCCCCCCCCCCUUGCAAGUCCAGCCGGGAGAGAGGCCGAUCCGCUACCGAGCCCCGACCGCUACCUGGUGGUCCAAUUGAUCCGGCCGAUCCCCGCGGGGGGAGAUCUCCUCCGCGGGGGGAGAUCUCCUCCGCAUUUCGGUGAAGAGCUGCAGCAGGCGACGCCGACCCACUUUUUCUUGUUAGCCGGGCCACUCGCAGCUUCCUGCAGCGUGGCCCGGCUAGAUCUCGACUCUCUACUCCGCCACGACGGCAGCCGUCGGCUCGGCGCUCGUGACGCUCGUGCCGCGGGGCUCACGUUGAAGGCAAAGCAUCCCCCUCCGUUUGUGAAGGAAAGCGCCGUUUUUCGCGAGCGCCUGCAGAGGCCGGAACGGCACAUCGACGGUUCCGCUUAGAACCUUGCCCCCAUCACCCACCCCCACCCCCCAGGGCUGCCUUCGCCUGCGCAGUACUGACGUUUUACACACCGCACCGUGGUAAUUUUUAAGGCUGAGUCGACCUAAGGGCAGCUUCGUCGCGUCGCCGAUGUCGUCCAUUCAGGAUUUGAACCCGGGUCGCCGAGGUCAUUGCACUGUGGUGAUCGCUGCUUGCUGGGACACGUGGAGGCGGACGCACGGUUUUUGUUGAGAGUAUUGCCUGUGGUGUGCGCACGCCACAGGCCCGGCGUUCGGCGCGGCGUGGCUCGGCAAAGCCCCCUCCGGUCCGUUUUUCCACCGCUGCAGCCGAACCGUGCCACCGACGCCAAGACGCACCCGGAGCGGUGACGCCGGCCGACGUCGCACGCAACGCACCGUCCCCUGGCCCUGCUUGGCCCCCCCCCCCCUCCCCGAGCCAGAUUCCGAUGUUGUUGCCUUGCGUAGCCACGCGGUGGCACGGUUUGGUUCCGCGUCGGCACGCCGAAUAGUCCGGUGGAAAGCCAGCCAAUCGUGUGAGGGCCCCCCCUACCCCCCGGCGCUCGUGUUGUAGUGGAAAAAGAGAAAUCGACCCCCUCGCACACCGCCCACCCCACCCCUGCCGCGGGUCCGUGGUGCCCGCGGUGCCUCGUGUGUUGGCGGGCUCCUUCUGCCGCUCGUCGUCGCUGCUCGGAGGGAUUCAUUUUGUUGUUGUGGUUGUUGUUGUUGCGGUGAGGCUUUAUUUAUUCAUUGUAUUUCUCGUCAUUCUCGCCCGGGCGGCUGCGGGAGGCGUCGUCCGUGGCGACGUCGACACCGACGCCGCCGCGGUGGAGGAGCGAGAGGAGCCGCCCCAAGUCGUGGGGGGCCCGGGGUUGGUGGCACGCGACGGGAUUCUCACCCCCCGCACACCCCCAUAUCCCCCUCGCCGCACGGCUUCUCAGAGGAGGCAGCGUGCCACACAGCGGAUGUUCCACCGCUUCCCCCGCCCGCGCCACCACCACCAAUGUUUUGUUGACUCCUAGGAACCGAACCGAGCUGGAAAACGGGUGAAGCCUCGUCGCGACGCACGCCGCUGUGACGCACGCCGCUAACAAGUCGCUAAGCAAACCGCCGUCCCACAGACGGCGCGAUGGAACUCACGAAUGGAUCUGAGCGGGGGGUGGGGGGGGGUGAGACUCUCGCUGACAGCUUCUCUGCUUCCCUUCCUCCCUCCGAUCCACAAUCCAGCAAGGGAGUGAACUCCGACCCUGGUCUAUUUAUGCUUUUAAACUCCCCGCGCGAUGGAACGAGACCCUCGCCCCCCGAUGUGGGUCUCGACGCGGCGGUGCCCCCCCCCCCCCCUUGCCCGGAGAUUUGCAUGGAGCGGUGAAUAACGGGGGCGGCCCGGAGCGUUUUAAACGAACGACGUUACACCCCCCCCCCCACCACCACCUACCUACGCGUCGUCGUCGUCGCUGUGUAUUUAAAGAAUCCCGUUGGGUGUACGAGUGUGGCGAUGAUGGCCGAGAUGAGAUGUCUAUUACGGUACGGUAUAAUAAUAACAAUAAUGACGAUAAUAUAUUGAUGUGAACCCGCCGCCGCCGCUGUGUGGGCAAGCGGUCGCGUCGCGGGGGUCCGCGGUGUGGUCUGUCGGUCUGUCGGUCUGUCGGUCUGCCGGUCUGUCGGUCUGUCGGUCUGCCGGUCUGUCGGUCUGUCGGUCUGUCGGUCUGUCGGUCUGCCGGUCUGUCGGUCUGUCGGUCUGUCGGUCUGUCGGUCU